AUCACACAAUUUUCACCUUCACCCCCUCUCCCUGUUUCUUUCUCAAUUAACCUAAUUUAUUCAUAUCCAUAAAAUAAUAUAUUUAUUAUUUAUGUAUAAAGAUUCAAUUUCUGUAUAUUUCAUUCAAUUCAAAGAAUAAUAAAACAAAUAAAGCAAAGAUCUGAUCUUUCUUCAGUUCCAAUAAAGAUGGGCCUAAAACGCCUUCUUUUUGAGGUCUCAAAGCACCGGUCACAACUAGCGCUUACGAAAAUUUUGCAUACUAGAUCUUAUAUGACUUUACGGAAACUCAGAUCUGAUGCAGUGUAUAAGCUUCCAAGUGGUCAAAGAAGGUUCCAGUCCAGUUAUCUGGGAAGUUUUGGACGUAGAGUGCGUGAGCGUGAUGCAGAUGGACCAGUCACUGCAGCUUAUCUUAGGGAGCUUUCUUAUCGAAAUGAUCCAGAGGCAGUGAUAACACUUUUUGAAAGCCAACCUUCGUUGCACUCUAGUCCUGCUGCACUUAAAGAAUACAUAAAGGCCCUGGUCAAACUUGAUCAAUUGGAGGAAAGUGAAUUGCUCACGACGUUACAAAGAGGAAUGGCAAGCUCAAGCAACUCAACCUUCCAUGAAGAGAGUAUUGGAGGCCUUUCUGCGUUUAAGAAUGUUGGGAAAUCAACAAAAGAAGGUGUACUAGGAACCGCCGCUGCUCCUAUACAUAUGGUGGCCAGUGAAGGAGGACAUUUUAAAGAACAAUUAUGGCGAACUGUCCGUGCUUUAGGCAUGGGCUUUUUAUUGAUUUCUGGCGUUGGAGCCCUCAUUGAGGAUAGAGGAAUCACUAAAGGACUCGGUCUACAUGAUGAGGUCCAGCCGAGUAUGGAAUCUAACACAAAGUUUAGUGAUGUAAAGGGUGUUGAUGAGGCAAAGUCUGAGCUUGAAGAAAUUGUACACUAUCUUCGGGAUCCUAAGCGGUUCACUCGUCUUGGUGGGAAGCUACCAAAAGGUGUUUUGCUUGUGGGGCCACCUGGGACUGGGAAGACCAUGUUAGCCAGGGCUAUUGCUGGAGAAGCAGGUGUCCCGUUUUUCUCAUGCAGUGGAAGUGAGUUUGAAGAGAUGUUUGUUGGUGUUGGUGCACGGAGGGUUAGAGAUCUGUUUGCUGCAGCCAAAAAACGCUCACCUUGUAUCAUAUUUAUAGAUGAGAUAGACGCAAUUGGAGGAAGCCGUAACCCAAAGGACCAGCAGUACAUGAAGAUGACUUUGAAUCAGUUGCUUGUUGAAUUGGAUGGAUUCAAACAAAAUGAAGGCAUUAUUGUUAUUGCUGCGACGAAUUUCCCACAAUCGUUGGAUAAGGCACUGAUUAGGCCUGGUCGUUUUGAUCGUCGUGUGGUUGUGCCAAAUCCUGAUGUUGAAGGCAGGAGGCAAAUUAUGGAAUCACACAUGUCAAAGAUCUUAAAGGCUGAAGACGUGGAUUUGACUGUAAUUGCCAGGGGAACACCUGGAUUCUCUGGUGCUGAUCUGGCAAAUUUGGUUAAUGUUGCUGCUCUUAAGGCUGCAAUGGAUGGUGCCAAGUCUGUAAGCAUGGCAGACCUAGAAUAUGCGAAAGACAAGAUCAUGAUGGGCAGUGAACGAAAAUCAGCUGUUAUAUCAGAUGAAGUUCGUAAGCUUACUGCAUACCAUGAAGGUGGCCAUGCCCUUGUGGCAAUUCAUACUGAUGGGGCCCACCCGGUACACAAAGCAACAAUUGUGCCUCGCGGGAUGGCUCUUGGUAUGGUGGCUCAAUUGCCUGAAAAAGAUGAAACAAGUGUAUCUCGCAAAGAAAUGCUUGCUAGGCUUGAUGUUUGUAUGGGUGGAAGAGUUGCAGAAGAACUUAUUUUUGGUGAAGAUGAAGUUACUUCUGGUGCAUCUUCUGAUCUUGAACAAGCCACUCAUCUAGCACGAGCCAUGGUUACAAAAUAUGGCAUGAGUAAAGAGGUUGGUGUGGUGGCUCAUGAUUAUGAUGACAACGGGAAAAGCAUGAGCACGGAAACUAGGCUUCUAAUAGAAAAAGAAGUUCGGGAAUUACUGGAACGGGCUUAUAAUAAUGCCAAGAAUAUUCUCACUACUUAUAGCAAUGAGCACCAUGCACUUGCUAAUGCAUUGCUUGAACAUGAAACUUUGUCAGGAAAACAAAUUAAAGAAAUGCUUGCUCAGUUGAAGACACAGCCUCAGCAACAACAUUUUGUAGCGACUCAGAGCAGUUCGCAAUCUAAACCAGUACCACCCUCGACGCCAAAUGCUGCUGCGGCAGCUGCAGCUGCCGCUGCCGCCGCCGCAAGUGCCGCAUCUGCUGCAGCCAAGGCAAAAGGCAUUGCUCCUGUAGGAUCUUAGCAUUCGAUAUUGGCGAUAUUAUUGAGCCAAUGUGCAUAUUAAGUGAUGGGCCUUGAUGCUUACUUGAAAUACGCUUGUUAUUCUAGUGAUCUUAGAGAUGAAGAGAAGUCAUAGAAGGUUCAUCUAGUAGAAAAAGGUCAAAAUGUAGCAUUUAUAUCAGAAUUUUAAAUGGGCGUUGUUCCUGUUUAAUUUCUUGUAUUCAUACGGUCAACAAUAAUGAGUUUGCCAUCUUUCUCAUUUUUAA